GCGUCGUUGACUGACGCCCAGAAAUUGUUUCAUUCAAUUCAACGCGAUGGGGUAGUGCUCCCGCUCCCACAGGCCGUCGCGUCCUCGCACGACCACCAACCUGGCAUACCGGGUAAAGUUUUCGUACCUGAUCACAGCGAGCUUUGCUUUCGCUUUGCAACCAAAACCAAAAUUAGCAAUCAAACCUCUGCCGAGCACAAUUCUUCCAUCAACGACAAAACACAUAAAAAUUGUCAUCAAUCGUUCAGUCAUUUUGAUCGACAAGCCCCGAACCAAUAAUUCAUUUGCCCGCUCGUGAUUGAUUGUGCAUUUCGAGAUGACACACGUAUCGUCGUGUUCACGGAUUUGAGUGUUGGCUUGCAGCUUCUGGGCCCGGUGCUUGUCGUCAUUCGCCGUCGCACCAUCCGUCCCAUCUAGCCCCUAACCUUCGUCCGUUUGUCCUGAUUUACUGCCAAUCAAGGUUUAAUCACUUUUUUUUUUUCCUUCACUCUUGCACCCCUCCUCUUUUAUCAUGGCCUCUCCUAGUUCUCCCGCCGCCAUGUCCGACAACGACAACGAGGCUCCAAGCUCGCCUGGACACGGUGACAACAACAAGUCCUUCGCGCAAGCAACCGAGGACGAAGACACGAGGAUGGCAGACUCGACGCCUCAACCCACCGAAAAGCGCAAAGGCCGCGCCUCGGGGAAGGUCGACUCUACACAUUCGUCGUCCCAGGCCGGCAAGAUUCGGCAUUUGAAAAAGAACGACGGCGAGCCGCUGUGGCGUGAGGACAUUCAAUAUGACUUCCUCAAGGCAGUCUUUGACGAUGAGCACAAGGUCUUUACCAACAGCUACGAAAAAGACCGCCUGGGCCCACAAUGUUUCGCGGAUCUCUACAUCGACACCAUGUCGAGGAGCAGCAAGACCAGCAAGGUCCUGCGCGAUAAGCUGCUUAGUGAUCGCGAGGCCGCCAAGGGUAUGGCUAUGGUCUGCUUGCUGGUGAACAUUGGCAGGAUGAACACGACUCUGAACUUUUUUCCCGAAAUGCGAGCUCAGCUGCGCACAUACCAUUCGAUUCCAUCACUCCAAGCCCACCAAGACAGUAACACAUACAAGCAAUUACAAGAUGCACCUCGUCUCAAGUCCAUCCUGAAGGGAGGAGCCGAAGACAGGGCCGAACCCAACUCCCUAGACCGUGUGAAGAGCCUGGACGUUCCCCGGACGAACCCGGUCAACCUACUCUUUGUCAUUACGGCCAACGCGCCGAAAAUCGCCGAGAUGCACUUUCCUCCGGACCAAGAAUUCCAAGAUCUUGUCAUGAAGCCACAGUUCACAUCAGCAUCGCGCGCCCGUGCCUUCCUGUGGAUGAUGUGGUUCUACCUGGAAUCGGACUUCACCGAGGAGGGUUGCGAGGAGAAUCCAUUUGGUGCCGGAGUGGACUACGGUCUCGACGUUGCGAACCAAGGUGUUCCGAAGCUCGAGCUGAUCAAGCCUGGCGACCCACCGGAGAACGUGGAUACGCCCGAGGAGCGCGAGUUUGGCGAGGAGAAGAAGCGAAUGCGUGCCAAAAUUAUCGAUGCUGACAAGGCUUUCGUGACGGACACCCAGAGCAAACGCGGCGCGCGGCCGAGGGUCUUUAUGCCUAAUGGGCCAGACGAGAUUCUCGCCGCUGGCAGCCCCGCCGUGCUCCCCAGAAUGCGACCCUCGCGGCACGAGUCGGAUAUGGAUAGUACACGUUCUACUCCUCCUCCGAGAGCAACACCACGACAGCUUGCUGGGCCUGUUGGAUCCGCUGCAGGCAAGAGGCCGGGUGCAGCGCUCAAAUACCAGAUAUUCGAGGGGGCAUCAUCGCCUGCCCCGCCAGAACCCAAAGAGGUUGGUGGAACGGGCCGCAAACCCCGGCCUCCCACAGCACAUCAGAUCGCCGUCGAGCACAAUCGAUCGGCCCGCGUUAACCACAUCCUGGAUCGUGGGGUGCGUAAGCAGCACCACUACGCCCGCAAGACGCGGCGACUAGAUGGUGCCAUCUUCCGCGCCGUCUGCAGACUGCGAGCUGGGCCCGACGCAGACCACCCUGCCAUGCCGGAUCCGGUCGAGGACAGCGAGGGCGAGGAGACGCUCAUCGAACACCAAAGAAUAGCGGCUGCUGGCGUCAGUCACCCGGACCCGGCGUUGCAUUGUGCCGUGAUCGGAGGAAAGAAGACCCCCUACAGGGCACGCGGGUUCGGGGGGCUGUGUCCGCUUGUGCACGAGGAGGACGACUUUGGGGAGGAGGCGGCGUCAUACGCAGCUGCUUUCCGGCGGGCCGCCAGGCGGCUCGAGAGGUGGGGCCUUUCGGGCGCAGACGACAGCACAGUUACUCAUGUCCCAACCAUCAAGAGGAAGCGGUUGGUGCCACCGCCCGACGCGACGGCCAACGAUCAAGACCCUAACGAGACUGAGGAUGACGGCGAUGCGACGAUGAUGGCAGGCGCAGAGGACUCAAUCAUGGGUGACGAGGAUGAAAGCUUCCAAAUCGAUCACAACUCGGCGCUAACACCGCGAGCGCAGAUUCGGCGGCGGCGGGGUGGUGCCCGGGGUGGAAGCAGCCUCGCCAAUGGUGCUGCAAAAAGAAGGAUCACUGCCAGCCCGGCGGGUGCAAAUAGGCGCAGCAAGAAGCCAGCCGUUAAUGGUACAGGGCCGGCACGGCAGUCUAAGCUCAGAGACACGGGAGAGGAUGCAGAGGAGCUGGAGGACGUCGACAAGCUGCUACUCGGCAUGGCCAGUGGCAGUGACGGGGAGGGUGAUGGUGACGUGGAUGGUGAUGCGAUGGAUGGAGUGGAAGCCGAGGGCGAGGCUGAAGAAGACGGUCUGGAUGACUUGGACAAGACGCUAUUGGGGAUCGGCGACGAGGGCUCUGACUCGGAUUAAGCCCAGACAGGAAGUGUUAUUUGUAUGCUGGAGUAUGGUUGGUUCUCUAUGUUCUUCGAUGGCUUCACUAGACAAUUUUAAGCGGUGCGAGACUUUUCGAAGGUUUUUAUCAAUGUUCUUGCAGGGUGGAUUGAAGCAAGUUUGCAAGCUCGCAAAGAUUUUGUCACGGAUAUUAUAUCUCCAUAUCGCGCUGCCUACCCUUUGGUGGUUGUCUAUAGGCACAGAACCGUUAAAUAAGGGAGCCUAAAUUUUGCCCAAAUCUCUUUUCGAAC